UACAGACUAAGGGCAAAAAGCUCAGCGCGCGCGGCCUCCUCCUUGCGGUAUCGACGCUGGCGGGUGUUAACAUAGAUGAGGGCUGACAUGAUUCCCUUUUCGCAGCCUCAGGCUCCUCCUGGGUAGGAUGUAGAGUUGCAUCAGGAGAAGAGAGAAAUCGAAGUUCGCUGAUCUGCGAUACAGAUAGGAGGAUAGAGCAGGCUCCAUCUUGUGCUUAGGCUUCCCGUGGGCUUUGAAGCUAAUCAGGCGCCAUGUUAAUUACGGGAAUGAGGGGCCAUUUUCCCGCUCUUUAUCCUUUCGCCCGGCUCCAGUGCCCAGACCCAAGCCCCCCACUGCUCAAUGGACACGCCCAGCCCAGACCCGUGGCCUUCGCCUUUGCCCGGGGAAGAAGAGAAACCUCUGGCCUUACCUCCUUCUGUUCCCCGGGGCCGCCGAGGCCGACGUCCUGGGGGGGGCACCUCCUCGAAUCGGACUCUUAAGGCCUCCCUUCCUCGCAAGCGGGGCCGCCCCCCCAAGUCGGGGCAGGAGCCCCCACUGGCACAGGGGGUGACAGCCCCGGUGGGCAGCGGCGGUGGCAGUGACCUCCUGUUGAUCGAUGAUCAGGGUGUGCCCUACACAGUCUCUGAAGGGUCAGUAGCAGGCGGGCCUGAGAGCUCUGGCCCUAAGAAGGCCCCGCACUUCUGCCCGGUGUGCCUUCGGGCCUUCCCCUACCUCUCCGACCUGGAGCGCCACAGUAUCUCACACUCAGAGCUGAAGCCGCACGAGUGCAAGGAUUGCGGCAAGACCUUCAAGCGGUCCAGCCACCUGCGGCGGCACUGCAACAUCCAUGCCGGCCUUCGGCCCUUCCGCUGCCCGCUCUGCCCCCGCCGCUUCCGAGAGGCGGGCGAGCUGGCCCACCACCACCGCGUCCACUCCGGGGAGCGCCCCUACCAGUGCCCUGUCUGCCGGCUACGCUUCACCGAGGCCAACACGCUCCGGCGCCAUGCCAGGCGCAAGCACCCCGAGGCCAUGGAGGCACCCCUGGGUCCUCGGGACCCAGGACCUGAACCACCGUGGGACGACGAGGGUAUCCCGGCCACGGCAGGGGCCGAUGAGGAGGAGCUGGAGGGGAAAGAGCUGGCUUGACCCCCACCCCCGGCCACUGCUCCCCAGGCCAGGUUUAGAGCUGGGCGCUCAGCUGGCACUGAACCUGGGCAGGGAAACUGGGACACAUUCUUGUCUGGUAGUCUUCCUGUUGUGGGAGAAGGUCGAGGGUGAGGACGUCCACUUCCGGGUCCUGCAGCCUUCUGCCACCCUCCCUCGGACUGACAGGCCUGUGGAGGCAGGGGCUGUGGAAAUAAAUAUCUGCCUACUGGC